GGGGUUGUGGUGGCCCGCGGCGCGCGCACAGCACCGGGUGCAGCCGCCGCCGUCGCCUCAGCCGCAGCAGCGCCAGGAGCCGCCGCCCGCUCGCCCUCCUCCCGUCGCCGCCCUUCCUCUUCCUCCUCCUCCUCCUCCUCCUCCUCUUCCUCCUCCCGGAGCCCGCAGCCUCCUUGCCCUUCCCCCGGCCCCGCGAAGAUGGUGGACCGCGAGCAGCUGGUGCAGAAGGCCCGGCUGGCCGAGCAAGCCGAGCGAUACGACGACAUGGCGGCCGCCAUGAAGAACGUUACGGAGCUGAACGAGCCUCUGUCCAACGAAGAGAGGAACCUGUUGUCCGUUGCCUACAAAAAUGUGGUGGGGGCACGGCGUUCCUCUUGGCGAGUAAUUAGCAGCAUCGAGCAGAAGACCUCUGCCGAUGGGAACGAGAAGAAGAUAGAAAUGGUCCGGGCCUACCGCGAGAAGAUUGAGAAGGAGUUGGAAGCGGUGUGCCAGGAUGUGCUGAGCCUGCUGGACAACUACCUGAUCAAGAACUGCAGCGAGACGCAGUACGAGAGCAAAGUCUUCUACCUGAAGAUGAAAGGGGACUAUUACCGCUACCUGGCCGAAGUGGCCACCGGUGAGAAGAGGGCGACCGUGGUGGAGUCUUCGGAGAAAGCCUAUAGCGAAGCCCAUGAGAUCAGCAAGGAGCACAUGCAGCCGACCCAUCCCAUCCGGCUCGGUCUGGCGCUUAACUACUCGGUUUUCUACUACGAGAUCCAGAACGCGCCGGAGCAGGCCUGCCACCUGGCCAAGACGGCCUUCGACGACGCCAUUGCCGAGCUGGACACCCUCAACGAGGACUCCUACAAGGACUCAACGCUCAUCAUGCAGCUCCUCCGCGACAACCUAACGCUCUGGACGAGCGAUCAGCAAGACGACGACGGUGGAGAAGGCAACAACUAGACCCCCCGAUGGACUGGCAGCCGCACGCUGAUGCUAACUACUGCAGUCUUUAUUUUUUUCCCACGAGUGGGGGGGGGGGUCAGGGGUGGGGGAGGGAAAGGGAGGGGACACCUUCCCCGGGAGGCCCCCCACAACCUGUCUUUGAUUGCCUCGUUGACAUUUUUGCCAAAACACCACUAGUGGAAGUCAGGCUGGCUGUGCUGGUAUGGAAUAGCAGCCUCACUGGCAUAUGGACUGUUCUGUAGAUUAUUAAUACAAGUGGAGCUGUCUUUAAUUUAACUUUAUCGCUAGAAAUAAAAGGGUUUUAAGAUGAAUUCGCGUGGAUGGAAUGGCCCUCGUUUUUAAGGAAAGCAACGCAAGAAAAAAAAAAAAAAAGGAGUUCUGUGGUUCCAGUAAGGCUUUGUGCAUUUGUUUCUUCAGUCCAAGUGCCGUGUGUCCGUACCACGUCGCGGGGUGUCUCUCUGCAGCGCUCUGCCUGGCAGGGCGUAGCUUAAAAUCCCCAAAUUAAGAAGGAAUUAAAAAAAAAAAACACACAAACUAAAGAAUUCGGGGCUUGCAAAGCCCUGGGAUUUAGGCCAUCCAAUUUUUUUUUUUUUUUUAAGAUAUCUAUUAGGGUGGCUUACAGUAUUAACACUAAAUUGCAGUUUACAGUAUUUCUACAUUACAGCCAUAUGACAUCAAGCCUUUGAUUGUCUGUUUUUUCUUUUGCUAGUUCUUUUGGCUUGCCUUCCUGAUCAGUCCUCGCCUGUGGACUGGCUUUAGCUAUUCUGUGUCGCCCAAGGCAAGAAGACCACCCGCCCGAGGAACAUCAAAGCUGCUCUAGUUUUUUGGUCAACAGCUUAACAGGUGCUUGGCUAGCGGCUGUUUCAACUAUUUUAAGUCCACAGCAAAAGGUUUAAGAACUUAAUUAGACAAGGGGGAAGUGUUUAAACUUAAAAUGCCACUUAAAUAAAAAAUAAUAAAAAAAAAUUUAAAAAAAAGAGCAUUCAGGUCUGUAUGUCAUGUACUGUGUUUGGUAUUUCAAAAGACCAUCCUGAUUUAAGGUGCCACAGCUGCUUCCUCAGGGAUUGCACUGCCAUUUCACUCUGCCUGACUUUCUCCCACUGUACCAUGAGGUUUGUCAGCAGAUCUCCAGCACCCAGGCUCCCUUGUUUGUCACCAGGGAAGCCGGGUGCGUUUUCCUUUCUCCUGGGGAAGCUUGUGGUGUAAUGAGUGAACUUCAGGAGCUUAGAAACUAAUUUGGUAGAGAAAUCCUCAAGGGAAGAGCUACAAUCAUAGACAUUUCUAUCAACCAUCGGGAGCCCAGGAACUUAGUUCUCUUCUUAGAAAAAUCUUUUCCAAGUCUGUCUGAUCCGGCUGGGGGUGGGAGACGGGGCAUCUGAGUUGCUUAGCAGGUAAUAUUUACCCCAUUUUAAGUAAAUUUAUUUUUAAUUUUUAUUUUUACAUCGUUGUUGGAAGUUCACUGCUGUUCUCUGGCUUACUGGGUGCUGUGCCACGUAGCUUUUCACCUAAAGCUGCGCAGUAAGGAAAAAUCGCACUCGUGCAUUAUUAUUAUUAUUUUAUUUUUUUAAUUUUUUUUUGGAAACAGGCUUUCAUUGUCCCUUUCGAGAGUCAGUCCGCAAACAGUGUGUCGUGGUGUUGCACACACGGUACAGCCGCUCCUGCUGUCGGGUUGCACGGGGAGACGUCACUCCAGCUCCCUCUCCACAGUCAAACGAAGCCGCUACCCCCAACUCCUUGGGGAGCGAGCGGAGCCGAGGCCAGCGCUCGGCCUCCAGGUAUUGCCCUGGCGCUGCCGGCAAAGCUUUUUUUUGACCGGGUGUCUUCGCACGCAGAGUCUUGCUCAGCCUCGCUUGCGGCGAGCGAGCAAGCGCGUCCGCCUGGUGUACGGUGUGCAGCAUCCCAUGGCGAGAGGCUCGCGGUGCCGGUACGUGCCGUGGACUGGAAGAUCGCUUUAGGCUUCUUACCUUCCUUCGAUUGACCCUCGUGUCCCGUGAGCAGUGUUGUCCCAGCUGUAUAAUUUGGAAGUGAUUUACUGGAAUUACAAAACCUAUCUUUUUUUUUUUUUUUUUUUCCUUUUGGCUUUUGCUCUGGCUGCUUUAGGAAACUUAUGCAGGAGAGAUGGCACAAGAGGGCUAAAAACAGAGUGGGGGUCAGGGACUUGAUUUUUAAGCAGCUUGAAUGGUUUCUUUCGUUUUUUAAGAGAUGCACUUGCCUAUGAUACUGUCUCUCCAGUGAAAUGAUUACUGCUCCAUUACUCUAUUGAUACAAUAUUGUGCAUGCUAGUGUUGUAUUUCUAUACAGUAGCUUGAAAUUUAUUAACUUAUACUGUAGAUGUUAUGUAUUCCUAUGACAAAAUAGUCUUCAAAAAUUUUUUAAAGUUUUUUAAUUUAUUUUUUUCUUUUGGGGGUAAAGUUUGCUCUACCAAAUAGUGAUCGUAACAAACUGAUCUGUUAUGGAUGUUGCUAUAGUGACAUGCAAUUAUAUAUGAUUUUGUUUUUAAAAAGGAAAAAAAAGCAAAAGAAAACACCAGUGUUAGCUUAAUCUUAAUGUCUGGUGUUCGUCAUGGUGAAAUUAUAACUAUUACAGUGUAGGAGAACAAUGACUGUGUUCUUUGAAUGAGCCUUUGUUUGUGCUUUUUGUCAUGUUAUGCAGUGAACUAUUUUUAAGGUCUAAUCAGUGAUUAUUUUUCCAACUCCGUGUUUCUGUAAGGAAUUAUUUCACACACGGACCAUUCUUAGCAGUUUUUCCUCAGUGAUGGAAUAUCAUGAAUGUGAGUCAUUAUGUAGCCGUCGUACAUUGAGCAAAUAAACUUACAGAUCUGACGUCAGCGCUGCUUAA